AUGUCUUCAGAACAACUCAAAGAUAUCCCACCAAAUGUUGGAAUAAUUACAAUAGAUAGUGAUGAUUCCGAUUAUGAACAAAUAUACAAAAAGAUAUCUAGAUCAAACGUCACAGAGUUAAACAAUUGUCAUACACUGAUGUAUAAAUUACCAGAAAAUAUUACAUCAUUAUCUUUUUCAUCCACAUUUAAUCAAUCAUUGCUGCCUUCUACGCUUCCAAAACAAUUGAAAAUUCUAAACUUAAAACGUUCAAAUUUCAAUCAUCCCAUCAGAUAUGGGAUGAUUCCAAAUACCCUUGAAAAAUUAUAUCUAGAUAGUUCAUACGAUCAACCUCUUGAGCCGGGAGUAUUACCAUCGUCUUUGAAACAUUUAUUUUACUAUGGAAAUCAUAAUCUGAAAGUAGGAUCACUACCUCCUAAUCUAAAGGUUUUUGAAUAUUAUGGAGAUAAUUUCAUAAUAGAAAAUGAAAAGGGAAUAUUACCAAUGACACUUGAAUCAUUGAUAGCAAAUAUUUUAUGGCUACCGGCUAUCAAAUCACUUUCAAAUCUUAAAUCACUAACUCUUCUUUAUUAUGGUAACAGUGAAGCUAAAAUUGAUUUAACCUUACUCCCUUCUUCACUUACAACUUUAAAUGUUCAUACCGGACAUUUGAUAUCAAAGAUGCCUACUUCAAUCAAACAACUAAAUUUAUUUGCUGAAAGAUAUGACAUAGAAGAAAUAUUUAAAGAUAGAUCUGAAUACAAAUUAGAAUAUUUAAUGGUGAAUGCAAACCAAUAUGAAUCUUUAGAUAAUUUGAAGAUUAAAGAAUUAGAUUUUGCAAUUGACUUUGGAUCAAAUGAAACUAAUGUAAUUAAUGAAAUUAAAAAAGUUCCUAAAGGAGUAGAAAAACUUGUAAUUAGACAUGGUAUAUCAUUAUCAAUUAAGAACAUUCCAUCCUCAGUUCGAUGUUUAGAAAUUCAAUCACUAAAUAGUUUAAUAAUUGAGGAAGAACAAUCUCUACCUUGUACUUUACAAGAAUUAAUAAUCAAUGAUAUAGAUCAUAAAUCUUUUCUCAAUUUUAUUUCACAUACAAGAACACCAAACAAUCUAAUUUUCUAUUUACAAGGCGAAAGAAUCUGGCUUAGAAGGAUUGACCUAAACUAUUAUCUAUUUUUUAGUGAAGAACCAAAAUUUAUAUCCUCAAUGGUCCAUAAAUCACAGAUUCACAAUUUAUUAGAAUAUUAUAUGACCUAUCAAGUAGAUUAUAUUCCUAAAUGGGUGUAA